AUGAGCACAGCGCCCUCGCUUUCUGCCCUGAGAAACAGUAAGCACAGCGGCGGCGGCGGCGCGGACCCGGCCUGGACCAGCGCGCUCUCUGGAAAUAGCUGCGGCCCCGGCCCCGGCUCGUCCCCGGCCGGCAGCACCAAACCUUUUGUGCACGCUGUGCCCCCUUCGGACCCUCUCCGCCAGGCCAACCGGCUGCCCAUCAAGGUGCUGAAGAUGCUGACCGCAAGGACUGGCCACAUUUUGCACCCCGAGUACCUGCAGCCCCUGCCCUCCACGCCCGUCAGCCCCAUCGAGUGCCCCCCCCCCACCUCACCCCACCCCCCAAUGACCCCGCAGCUGGAUGCGAAGAAGAGCCCGCUGGCGCUGCUGGCGCAGACCUGCUCACAGAUCGGGAAGCCCGACCCCUCGCCCUCCUCCAAACUCUCCUCCGUCGCCUCCACCGGGGGCGGCGCGGGCGGUGCCGGCGGCGCCGGGAGCGACAAGGACGGCAAGCCGGGGCCCCUCAAGCUGAGCGACAUCGGCGUGGAGGACAAGUCGAGCUUCAAGCCGUACUCCAAGCCCGGCUCGGAUAAGAAGGAGCCGGGAGGCGGCGGCGGCGGGGGCGGCGGCGGCGGCGGGGGGGUGUCGGCGGAGAAGUCCGGAUUCCGAGUCCCGAGCGCCACCUGCCAGCCGUUCACGCCCAGGACAGGCAGCCCCAGCUCCAGCGCCUCGGCCUGCUCGCCGGGAGGCAUGUUGCCUUCGGCCGGGGGCGGCCCGGAGGGCAAGGACUUGGACAAGAAGGACCCGGACGCGGGCGGCGGCGGAGGAGGCGGCGGCAAGGGCUCCGGGGGCGCCUCGGCCGAAGGGGCGCCCGCCGGGCUGGCGGCUCACGGCCGGAUUAGCUGCGGCGGCGGCGGCGGCGGGAUGAACGUGGACGUGAACCAGCACCCAGACGGGGGCCCCGGGGGCAAGGCUCUGGGCUCGGACUGCGGCGGCGGCUCGUCCGGCUCCAGCUCCGGCUCGGGCCCCAGCGCGCCCGCCGCCUCCUCGGUGCUGAGCUCCGGGCUGGUGGCCCCAGUGUCGCCCUACAAGCCGGGCCAGACGGUGUUCCCGCUGCCUCCCGCGGGCAUGACCUACCCGGGCAGCCUGGCGGGGGCCUACGCCGGCUACCCGCCCCAGUUCCUGCCGCACGGCGUGGCCCUGGACCCCACCAAGCCGGGCAGCCUGGUGGGCGCGCAGCUGGCGGCGGCCGCGGCGGGCUCCCUGGGCUGCAGCAAGCCGGCGGGCUCCAGCCCCCUGGCCGGGGCGUCGCCGCCCUCGGUGAUGACGGCCAGCCUGUGCCGGGACCCAUACUGCCUGAGCUACCACUGCGCCAGCCACCUGGCGGGGGCCGCGGCCGCCAGCGCUUCGUGCGCCCACGACCCGGCGGCCGCGGCGGCGGCGCUCAAGUCCGGGUACCCGCUGGUGUACCCCGCGCACCCGCUGCACGGCGUGCACUCGUCGCUGACGGCCGCCGGGGCCACGCCGCCCUCCCUGGCCGGCCACCCCCUCUACCCCUACGGCUUCAUGCUCCCCAACGACCCACUGCCCCACAUCUGCAACUGGGUGUCGGCGAACGGGCCGUGCGACAAGCGCUUCGCCACGUCCGAAGAGCUGCUGAGCCACUUGCGGACCCACACGGCCUUCCCGGGGACGGACAAACUGCUGUCGGGCUACCCCAGCUCGUCCUCGCUGGCCAGCGCCGCGGCGGCCGCCAUGGCCUGCCACAUGCACAUCCCCACGUCGUCUGGGGCGCCGGGCAGCCCGGGGGCGCUGGCGCUGCGCAGCCCGCACCACGCGCUGGGACUCAGCAGCCGAUACCACCCCUACUCCAAGAGCCCGCUGCCCACCCCCGGCGCGCCCGUGCCCGUGCCCGCGGCCACCGGACCCUACUACUCCCCCUACGCCCUCUACGGACAGAGACUGACCACCGCCUCGGCGCUGGGCUACCAGUGAGGGGGGCGCGGGGCGAGCACCACCGGAGAGAAAGGAAGGAGCUGGGGGGAGGGGAGGAGCCCCGGGAGGGGCGGGAACCAACCGGGGGAGAAGCUACUGUCACCCUCGCGUGUGGGGAUGACCCGGGCCGGGAAAGGAAACACUAUAGAGACGCCCACCCGUAUCUGUCUGCUCCCUGCCUCCCCUUCCCACCCAAACUUUAUAAAAGUUGGAGAAAAAAAAAUAUCAUUUGACUUUUUAUAGAAAAAAGAAGGAAAAAAAUAAUUGAGAAAGUGUUCAUCGGAGGACUUGCAUCGGUGGACACUGGUAUUUAUUUAUGUUAGCUCCAAGCGGACCCAUGGUUCUAAAGUGCAUUAUUUAGUUCGAGCUCCGUAGAUAAAAAAAUAAAUAAAAAUUAAAAAAAGGAAGAGGGGGGAAAUGAGAAAGGAAGAGGGGGAUUUAAAAAUGAAAAAAAACGAACCCUCCCGACCCUUGUAGAUUAUAAAUAAACACAAAAACCACCACAACUAGAGGUCUUCUCUUUAAUGUUACUUUGAAAUUGCUAUGAUUGUAUUGUACGUUCUUAUUUAAUGUCUGAUUGAAACACACAACUUACAUGCAUGUUUGUUACAAAAAAAAUGAAAAAACGAAAACAAAACAAGUCACGAUUUGUCAGCUCUGAUUUCAAAUUGCAAUUAUUUUUAAGGUGUAUACCAUUGGAAGAGAAUGGGUAUUUUUUUGUAUGUAUUCUGGAAGAAAACAACAAAAAAAAAGGAAAAACAAUUCUAUUCCAAAACCUCAUUUGCCUUAUUUUGUUCUUUAAAAGGAACACUUAACUAUUUUUAAUUUUUAAGUACACCCGCUGAAAAGGGGACAAGUAAGGUUUACGUCAUGUACUAAAAUAAUAGACAAUGUAUCGCUUUAAAGAUUAAAAUUCCGUAUAUUUGAUGUAUUAAAAGGUUUUACUUCUUA